AUGUCCUCAUCCAGCUCUCCUCCGGCUAAACGUCCGAGAACCGAAGAGGAUACGAUAGUUCGGUCUGAAAUCUGGUAUAAGGAUGGGAGCGUUGUUCUCCAAGCCGCAAACACCCAAUUUCGUGUCCAUUUCAGUCUCCUGGCGGCACACUCUACAGUGUUCAGUGACAUGUAUGAACUACCACAGCCAGAGUUGCAGGCAACUGUUGACGGUUGUCCACUGGUUGAGGUACACGAUGAUCCCGAAGAUGUCAAAAACUUGCUUUCCGUUCUGUAUACCCCCACGCUGCUAUCGCAAACGCCUCUUCCGUUCCCCAUUGUCGCGGCUCUCGUGCGACUGGGAACCAAAUACGACUUUCGUGAGCUCCUCGCGGUUGGAGUGAAGCGGAUCCACCUCCAGUUUCCUAGUACGCUGGAAGAUUACGCUGCACGAAAACUCCCGACUGGGAAUGUUGCCAUGCACAUCUCUCAUUUCCCGAAUUGUUUGUUCAGCGUCCUUCGGUUGGCGAUAGAGCACGACAUUCAAUGCUCUCUCCCCUGCAUUUACUACGAUAUAAUGCUAAUUCCAAAGGAGAAAUGGGUCAACGGAAUAAAGACGGCAGGGACCAUCUCUAUUUUGAGACCCCCUGAUUUGGCCACGUGUCUUCUGGGCUCCGAGAAGCUUGCCCGAGUGCAAUUUCAGGACGGUUACAUCUGCUCAUGGAUGCACAAACUGCCGAACCUCGAAACCUGCGAAAACUUUGUCGUGUGCGCCGCCAAUCGCCUCAAGAUUCUGCGAGGCCACGCCAAUCAUAAACAUUCCUGCUUUCUGCUGGCGGGCUUCAACCCAGAUAAGUCUCAAAACUGGUUGUAUCGAUUCUGUCCGCCGUGUCAGAAGGAGAUCGAAGAUGUAUACCAUGCAGGCAGAGAAAGGGGCUGGGAGGAUCUCCCAGGUUUUUUUGGCCUGCCUUCCUGGGGCGAGUUAAAGACCGGCCUCCCUUGA